UAAAAAUAAACGAUUUCGAAAGGAUUGGUGACGACGGUUGAGGGCACUCUAAAAUUCGCAGGACGGUUGUGGUUUUGGCUUUUUAUUUGCAAAGUUGGCACCUCCUGCGUUAGACUUGGUAGGUCUGUCGCGGGUCUGUCGUCUCGUCUGGUGCUAGCUUGUUUUUGUUUACCCCGGCGACAGGAGUCCAGUAGCCUCUUGCUAUCCCAAGUAUUUCUGUAAUUUCACUUGAUACUUGUCAUCAUGACACCCGCCAUCGUGCCAGCAAUCAAAUAUUACUGUUUCCUUAGCGCUAUACGCAGCAUUCGUGGUCGCCCGUUUAGUCAGUCGCAACAAAGGAUUAUCAAGCGACUUAUCGCCUAUAAUUUAUUGAAACGGUGCAGCAGGCAACGUGCAAACGCACACCGCCUGCAAGAAAGAGCUCCAAAUGGAAGUGGCGCAACUUCAAGUAGACUGAACCGUCAGGAUGUACAGUACCCACCACGCCCUACUGCCCCUGCCCCUCCCCCUGCCCCUGUACGUGACAAUCUUGAGGUGGUUCUCCUUCAACAUCUUCUUUCGGAGGUUGAGUCACAUAAUGAUUCUUGUGACGAAUUUUACUAUUUUGGUCUGUUUAUUGCUGCAACACUCCGUAAAAUGCCACACCAAAUUGCAUGUAGAGCAAUGUUACGAAUUCAGCAGAUCCUCAAUGAAGCACUAAAUAAUAUGGAUGAUGGCAAUUAUGCUGGUGAGGCUGUAUAGUUUGUGAUUUUAAGAAACUAGAGAGUAAAAAAAACUGUAGGACUACUUAUAUUUAGGGCAUUGUAUCCACCAAUACUUCUAAUGUAAUUUUAUUCAAAGAAGAUAACCAUGUUGAGCUUGAAGUGCAUUUCAGAGCUUCUGCAACAAUAUCUGAAACUGGUUGUAGUUGAAGUGCAUAAUACAGCGUAGGUUUGAUAAGUCUCACCCAACAUAUCUCUGUAAUAUU